ACCAAACUCCACCAAUGACUAUAUAUGUUCCUUUUCUGUACAAAAGCAUAACUUCAAGGGUUGUAGUGUAAAACCACACCCUAUAAAACCACCAUCUUUGGUCUUAAAUCUCACUCUCACUCACAUCUCCAUACCUGCAUUCUCUCUAAAACACGAAAUCCUCCAUUAAUGGCCGCGUUAGCGAAGCUCAUACUCAAGAGAAGAAACUUAUUCGGAGCAAAAUUCUACACGUCUCAACCGUUGCCAGAAUCUUCAUUUGCUCAGGGAAUCAAAGAUCUACCAGCUGGAACUAACAUUAGAAGAGAUGCAUCUCAGAUUAUUGGAAAAACACCCCUUGUAUAUCUCAAUAAAGUCACAGAGGGUUGUGGGGCUUUUGUAGCAGUCAAGCAAGAGAUGUUUCAGCCAACUUCAAGCAUCAAAGACAGGCCGGCACUUUCUAUGUUGAACGAUGCCGAAGAGAAAAAACUGAUUACGCCUGGAAAAACGGUGUUGAUCGAGCCCACUUCGGGGAACAUGGGGAUCAGUAUGGCAUUUAUGGCUGCUCUAAAAGGGUACAAGAUGGUGUUAACAAUGCCUUCCUACACAAGCUUAGAAAGAAGGGUAACAAUGCGGGCAUUUGGAGCCGAUUUGAUCCUAACCGACCCAACUAAAGGGAUGGGUGGCACCGUUAAGAAAGCGUACGAGCUUUUGGAGAAAACACCCGAUGCUUUCAUGCUUCAACAAUUCUCUAACCCUGCAAACACCAAGGUGCAUUUUGAGACGACGGGCCCAGAGAUUUGGGACGACACGAAUGGUAAAGUGGACAUCUUUGUGAUGGGGAUUGGUAGCGGAGGCACUGUAUCUGGUGUUGGACAAUAUCUUAAAUCAAAGAAUCCAGAUGUUAAGAUUUAUGGACUAGAGCCUGAGGAAAGCAACAUACUAAAUGGUGGUAAACCAGGACCUCAUCAAAUAACAGGAAAUGGGGUCGGGUUCAAACCCGAUAUCUUGGACAUGGACAUAAUGGAGGAGGUUCUAAUGGUGUCUAGUGAAGACGCCGUAAACAUGGCUAGAGAAUUGGCUGUGAAGGAAGGACUUAUGGUUGGAAUAUCAUCAGGAGCAAAUACUGUUGCUGCAUUAAGACUUGCAAAAAGGCCAGAAAACAAAGGCAAACUUAUUGUGACUGUUCAUGCAAGUUUUGGAGAGAGGUAUCUAUCAUCUGUCUUGUUUGAGAAACUAAGGAAAGAGGCUGAAGAAAUGCAGCCGGUAUCGGUUGAUUAGUGCAUUCUUAAAAGUAAGAAUGUUUGUUGUUUUUAUUAUUACAUGUAUUUGUUAAAUCCUCAAACUCUAUAGUAUAUUACGAUUAAAAGUAAGAAUGUUUGUUGUUUUUAUUUUUACAUGUAUUUGUUAAAUCCUCAAACUCUAUAGUAUAGUGUUAUGAAUUUCAAGGGUUGGUUUGUAGCACCUUGUUACGA